GGGCCGCUCAUUCCCAGAGAGGGGGGAACAUGGUCACCCAGCCCGGAGGGCAGGAGAAACCGCUGCUCUGUAGCUUCCGCAAGAUCUCAAAACCCUUGAUGGAGAAGAAGAGAAGAGCCAGGAUUAACGUGUCUCUGGAGCAGCUGAAGGCGCUGCUAGAAAAGCACUAUUCCCACCACAUCAGAAAGCGCAAACUGGAGAAGGCAGAUAUCCUGGAGCUGAGCGUCAAGUACAUGAAAAGCCUCCAGAAUUCUGUCCAAGGUAAAACCCCGUUUCCUCGCGGGAGUAACAGGCUCUCGGCGUCUGUUGCUGGGUAGAUGGGUCCCGUGUUAAUCGGGAUCGAAGCUCAAUGUUACGGGGUCCCGCCAGUUACAUCCCAAUGAUGCGAAUCCGCGAGUCGUGGUGCAAGGAAACACACGGAAUCUCAGCCCGGGUACCCGGGCGCCAGCAGCGGGUCUGGUUAUUGGGCUGCCUUUGGCCGAGCCCGGGUUCCCUGGACGCCCCAAGACACUGAUUUGAAAUGUACUCUGGAUUUAGAUCCCACGCCCCGUUAUAUCGAUGGCACCGAGCCCUGUGUGGACACGAUCCUGCCCGGUCCCUUUGCUCUGUCAAUUCCAGUGUCUAUUAAUCCCGUGGCUCGCAGGCUGGGGCGGAGCAGCGCCGGGCUCGCCGGAGAGCCCGCUGGUGU